ACCUCCUCCUCCAGCUCCUCCUCCUCCUCCUCCCGCUGCUCUUCCUCGUCUCUCUGCGCGUCGCCGAGAUCGCGUGCGCAGCAGCGCUGGUGCUGAGGGGGGGGGAUUCACCGACUGCCGCAUCUCACUCCGGUCCAGAGGUCCCGGACGGACGCGUGAUGGCGCGGAGCCAUUGACAGAAAAGCCGCUGGAAUUAAAAUGAACAGUCCCGCUGAGCGGCUCUGCUCGUCCUCCACAUAGCGCUGCCUUUUCUGCAACACAUCUGUUUUAUGUGACUCCAGCAAGCGACGCAGGAUGACUCCCACCUUAUCGCUGGUGAUUGUGUGCGCUUUGGUGGCGCCAGCGUUGGCGUCCAAGAUGGAACCGGAGUCGCUGGUGCCCUGUGAGUCCGACAAGUACACAACCAGUGGCGAAUGCUGCCUGAAGUGCCCACCUGGGGAGGGAGUGGUGAAGGAAUGCGGCGCCACCCAGACAGUCUGCGCCCCGUGUUUGGACAGUGAGACCUUCUCAGAGAACUACAGUCACACGGAGCAGUGCAGACCCUGCACCCAGUGCACCGGCCUCAUGCGCCUGCAGACGCCCUGCACCGACUCCAACGACGCCAUCUGCAGCUGCAACUACAACUACUUCUUCGACUCCAUCUCCGGCCGCUGCAAGCCGUGCACGGUGUGCCCGGUGGGGCAGGGCGUGUACUCUCACUGCGAGCACCAGCACGACACCGUGUGCGAGGAGUGCGUGGACGACACCUACUCGGACCGGGAGAGCUCCCUGGAGCCGUGCCUGCCCUGCACCAUCUGCGACGAGGAAACCGAGAUCCAGCUGGUGGAGUGCACGCCCAACCGCGACUCCGUCUGCCACAAUCCUAACCUGCCUACAGAUAUCACUUCUACGUCCGACAUGGGCCCGUCUCCACCCUCCUUCACCAACUACUUCUUCCCGGACGCGUCUGAGAGCCCGCUGCCGGGAGAGACGACCACAUCCAGCGCCGGUUCCCCGCGCUUCCUGGGCCACGGCUUCAAUGAAAACCUCAUCCCCAUCUACUGCUCCAUCCUGGCUGCUGUGGUGGUGGGCCUGGUGGCUUACAUUGUUUUUAAGAGGUGGAAUAGCUGCAAGCAGAACAAGCAGGCGGCCAAUAACCGCGCGGCCACGAACAACCAGAUGGUGACGCCGGAGGGAGAGAAGCUGCACAGCGACAGCGGCAUUUCGGUGGACAGUCAGAGUCUGCAGGAGCAGCAGCAGCAACAGCAGCAGCAGCAGCAGCAGCAGCAGCAGCAGCAGCAGGCUGAGGUCCAGGCUCAGCCCUCACACUCACACACACAGGAGCAGAUCGUGGUGAGGAUGGACGGAGGCCCUCAGCCUGACUCGCCUCCACCUGAAGUCUGACAGGGCGGGUGAAGAGGAGGCGUCGGAUCUGAAGGCGGACGGAGGGGAGCUGUGGGCCGAGCCACAGCCUGGACACACACGGACCUGAGACGGACUGUGACUCUGGCCUGAUUGGACCCGUCUGGACCUCCCAGCUCCUCUGGGCCACGCUCUGCCUCCUCAUCCCUGCACAUAGAGUGCGACUCUACCUAUCAGUGUGCCUGGACACCUCUACGGCAAUAUCAACCACUAUCUGUACCAGUGUUACCACAGAUACAUAACUGUAGAUACAUCCGUGCAUCUUCUCUACUGAUUAUUCCAUUAACUAACGUUGACAUAUUCUCUAUAACUGCCAGCUCGUCCUCUGUCCCCUCGUUCAUCACUCGCCAUGAGAAGCGUGUGCCUGGAAGGUGCAGCUCACUUGUCUCCCUUUACGUUCUACCCGACUCGCUCCGCUCUCUGUAGAAUUCACUUUAUUAGACCCCUGCCGUCAGAAAGCAGCGGGGGGGGGGGGUGCCUGUGAGUCACUCAGGCUUAGUCUGAAGUUCCCCGUUUUGUCGUUUAACCACAGGCGCGCUUCAUCGCACGCCGCCUUGUGAGCGGCGGCGUCGUUGUUCGCCAUAGGCCAACGCCGGUGACGCACAUCUGGGGGGCAGAGGGGUCGGUUACCGCGGCGCCAGCUUCUUUCUGACCCCUGCACGACACGUCCAGGCGUCGGGUUACAGUGAUUUCACCUAACAGUUGCAGCGCUGGCGCUGGGGUUAGACUGCUGAGUCAGCGACGGCUCAGUAAACAGACCCUGUCACCACCGUCUCCUUCUUCGUUCUCGAUGGCCAGCGCUGAGGCGCUAAUGCUCGGCGGUCGCGUCAGCGCGGGGCCCAUUAGAGCGACGUCCUGACGGGCAGGUAGUAAUGACCUCAGGGCUUCAGCUUCAUUGACCCUCUGCUCUGCUCAGCUCAGCCUCCUCGCGCCGAGUGUGACUUUAUAGAUCCUCUACCCGAGUCCGAGCCCCUUGACAUUUACGCUAUCGCCGCGGCGAUGCAGAAGCACUUAGUCCGGCUCACUUCUAAAGCUGGAUGACACCUUUUAUGCCGAUGCCCCCUCGCCGCUCUGUGAAGCAGCCGACGCACCAGCUGUAAAGGCAUUCUGCAGUUUGACGGCUGCGCUCGAGUUCAUUCCUACAGACGCCGGUUCUUUCUCAGGGUCCCUCUUGUAGCGGUGCGACUUCCCAGAGAGCUGUAGAGCAGCUACAGUAGGUCGACAGGUAAAAUCAGCUGGUACAGUAUGUUUAGAGAGAACACUUGAAGGGAACGUGUAAACCCCAGCACUUCAUAUCUGUGCUUCAGUUCAGUGGUAAAUACUGUAGGAAAUGCCAGUCAGACGGUGGAAGAUAGAGAAAGUGACUCAUUCGAUUCUGCCUGUAUCAGUCACACGGUCGCCAACAUCUCAAAACAAUUAAACCUCCUCGUCUGCUUGUGAUUCAUUCUGUAUCACCGACGGAAACAAAGGAAAAGUCUCAGAGCGCCUUGGACAUGGGACCACACACACACACACACACACACACACACACACACACACACACACACACACACACACACACACACACACACAGAGCGGCGUGUGAAUCACUCCUCUUACGUGUGAUUCAACCCCGUCCUCGCUGUGGCGCUGACAUUAAAGCCGACGCUGCGAGUAACCGGAGCGCUGAUUUAAGGGAAAAUGCGAUUCUCCUCCACUCUGUCGCUCCCUGAAGCUCGCUCAGCUCUCCAGCGGUGGCGUGAGACACACAAUCUCAGAAUGUACAACUCAAAUAUAACCAAAAAUAAUAUGCAAGACCCCAUUCAAGGAUACGGUUCAAGAUGUUGCUCAUUACCUUGUUGCUCAUUGCUUUUCGUCCUCAUUCUAGCAUGUUGGUUUAUAUUCCGACUAGUAUUACACUUUGGAAGUUUUUUUUUUCCUAACAGAUAUGUUCUUUUGUAGCACUUACUAGAUGUGAUAUAACUGCACUCAAGGAGUGCGCCGCAGUUCAAGUGCCUGUGUACAGCGUCACGUCUUUGAGUUCAACUCGUUAACAUGGUUUCCACUCGGUAUUUGGCAUUUUGUGUGCAAAUCGAAGCGAUGUACGAACUUUGGAGACGCAAACAAACUGUAGGAACCUGAGGAGGGAAUCACCGUGGCGACAGGUUGCCAGUGGAUUCAUAUUGUAUGUUAACACGCUGUAAAUGCUGGCGACUGUAAGGGCCAUGUAGCAUUGUGACAUCAUACACAUGACACCUGAGACCCACGUAGGCCAUUAGUCAGUAGACGGCGGCUGUGCAGGCGUUUUGCAUGUACAGCGGGCUCCAUCCCACCCCUCUGUUUGACAGGAGGGAUGCUGCAGCAACAUCAGACCUGUGGAGAGCUUCACUGUGACUCUCUGCGCUAAUAUUACAGCACUAGCGACUCCACACACGUAGAUCAGGACGUGCGCCCUGAAGAAGAUGAAUGUCACCUGUACUUACCUACUAAUGUAAAUGCAUUGUGUAAAAUGUGAAUUUCUUAGAGUUGAUACAAGAUACGAACAUACAGUAUAAAAUGUACAAAAACAGAAAGGUGUGCAAAUGAAAUGAGCAUCUGUAGUACAAUAAACAGAGAUGUCAUUGCA